GGCGGGAGCGGCGGCGGGCCGGGCGCCGGGGCGGGCCGGGCUGCGGGGCUCGCACCGCGGGCACAGCGGCGGCGGGGCCGGCAGGAGCGCAGGGGGAGCACGGCAGGUUAAAACGACAAUCAGUAUUAUGGAGGAGGACUUAGAAAUGUUCCAGGAGCAAGCUGUGACUAAAGCUUCUCCAUGUGAAGCUGCACUUCAGGAAUUAGUGCAUCAAAUUGACAUCAUAGUAAACAGAAAGCAAGUAGAAUGGGAAAGAAAGAUGAGAGCUUUGGAAGCAAAGAUGGAUAUCCAGGAUCAAGAAUUAGCAAGUGCCCAAAGCAAACUGGAUCAAAAAGGUCAAGAGGUGGGAUUACUUCAACAAGAAUUGGAAAACUUACAGAAAACUAAAAAUGAAAUGGCUCAGAGUUAUGAAACUCAGCUUCAAGCACUGAAAUCUCAAUUCUCAAAGUUGAUACAUAGUUACGAAAAGCUACAGUCACAUCAGUUAAAACAAAAAAUGCUCGAAAGUAGAGACAAAUGUGAGGAAAACCUGGACACAUCAUCUAACCCAAGGAAUUUAUAUGUGAAAUUUGAGGAAUUUAAGGCAAAAUCACAAGAAUGGGAGAAGAAUGGGACAAUCUGUGUAAAUAAUCCUGUUUAUGCAGAUAUGCAACCCAAAUUAUUGCCCGAGAAAUGUAAUUUAUUUCAGAAGCAGAUCCAGAAUUAUCAACUCCAAAUAUGCAAUAAGAAACAAAACCAAGAAGAGCUAAUUACCUAUACCCAGCCCAAAAGUGAAAACGAUGAUUCAAUUAUUGAAAAGCUAAAGGCAAUUGUGAAUGAAAUAGCAAGAAACAAGAAUAAACUGGUAGAGGAAAAUAUGAAACUCCAUGAGGAUCUAAAAAUGUACCAAAAUCAGUGCCAGAACAUGGAGGCAGACAUCUCAGACAUGAGAAAUGAGCUUCAGUCAAGGGAUGGUCUCUGGAGAAGGAUACAACUGGAAUGCCAAAAGUUGUAUACAGAAUUACUGAAAAUCAAAGAGUAUAAAGAUAUGCAGGAAAUUCAAAUAAAGCAUCAAUCAUCUCGUAUUCAGCUUACUGAGCAACUAGAAAAUAAAAACCCUGAAUUAUUGCUAUUUCCAGAAAGUCAAGAAUACCAAGAGGAGGAGCUGAACAAGAUAAGAAACCAUGUUUAUCGUGAGGAGCAGUCCCUUUCCUCUGAGCAGGAAAGAAUGAAGACAGAAAUCUCUGACCUGACAGAGGAGCUUCAUCAGAAGGAGAUCACUAUAGCAACUAUCAUGGAGAAAGCUAGUCUUCUGGAAAGACAGUUAAAAAUGGAGUUAGAGACAAAACACAAAUUGUUAACCAAACAGCAGUUGUUGGAAUUCCAUUACAAAGUUAUCAAAUCUGAAAACACACAUCUCAAAGAAAUGGUGGAAAACCAGGAGUGUGAAAGUUGCAUGUGUAUAGAUUUGUGUAACAAAGAACAUGGAAAUUUCACAGCUUCUGUUCACAAAAGGAAACAUGAGAAUUUAAGACUACAAAAUAGCCUUGUUAAACCACAAAAUGACACAGAAACAUCGAUACUGGUUUGCAUGGAUACAUAUAGAGAAACAGAGCACAGCUGCCAAGCCCAUUCAAAGAUGCAAGAAAAGGAAGAGAGAUCCUUCCAAAAUAAAGAUUCAUGGGAAGUGGAAUGUCAACAGACUGCUAUGCUCACAGCUGAUGGAUACCACAGAAACUGCAAUCCUGCUUUGCAUGGCCAAGGCAAUAUCACUGGUUCAAAAAGUGAUGGCACUUUAUCUUCUCAUCCACUUCACAGAGAAAAGCAAACAGGUUAUAAAUCUCCAUUACCACCAGUGGGGUAUCCUUUGGGCCUUCCUGGGCCAUUUCCUGAAGUGGGCAGAACAGGCAGCUUUCAGAGCCCUGCUUACAAUGCAGAAGAAACCAAAUUAUCGUCUCCCCCUGAGAUGUCCUUCCUUGCAACAACAGAAAAGUUCCUUCAAGAGGAAGAGAAACACGCAAGAGAAUUUGAAGAACGUUUAAAUUCACACCUUGAAGAGCUGCAAAGAUAUUCUGAAAAUACUCUAAAAAAGUAUGCCAGGAUGCAGCAAAGCAGACAUACUUAAGUCAGUCCCACAAUUAAGAAAAGCAAACCAAUUCACACUGAAUUCUAUUGCUGUGCAAGCGAAACAGAAAUUACAGACACUGUUGAUGAACCACCAAUUUCAGUGAAUGAGAUACUGAAGAACUGCUUUCCACCAUAUACUGUUGCCAACUUCCUGGGAAAAUCUGGAUAAAAAUAAUACCAGGCUGUCAAACUGCUCCAGUUUGUGAGUAAAAGAAGUCUCAUUAAUAUUCAGGACCAUGGCUAAAAUGUAAAUUGUUUUUCGAUGCUAUAUUUCCACUAAGACAAAAUACACUACAUCAUACUUACACAAAAUACCAAGAUUUUAAAUACCAGUUUGGCUCAGCUUGCAGUAAAAUGAGCAAUGAAGAUGAGAACAUCAAAGAACCUUCUACAGGAAAAUUCAGGAAAAUUACUAGACUCAGCUGGAGGAACAAGGACUGAAUAAAAAGAUAAUGGAGGGACAUCUGAACAAACUAAAUAUAUACGUACUGUCAGCUUAGGGGGAGAUGCAGUUUUAAAAGAAUUAAUGAAGAAAUUCAGAAACCUCUGAAAAUAAAGCUAAAUUUUAAGCUGGGAAAGAUCUGUAUAAGCAAGAAGACAGCAAAAUACUGCCAAGAAGAGCAAAAUAAAUAGCCAGUUAGCCAGAGUCUUUUGCCACUCUCAGAUUCAAACAUACAAGAUGACAAUCUGCUCCAAAUCUUUAAAGAAAUGUAUGUGUCUGCCUCCUGUUCAGGCAUGAGGACACCACUCAAGGUAUAGAUCUGUGAGAUGAUGCAGAAUGAAUGAACAAAAUAAUCAAAAAAUGGGUAUGAUGAGGUUUUUUCCUAAAGCUUUUUAAGAUCUGGGCAAGCUACUAAUUUUGGCUAAUAAAAUACCAGAGUUAGUUUCAGCCUGGCUUUUGUGCAAUGCCAUAUAAUAAACUGCCUGUGAGGAGCACUGAAAACUGUGAAGUACCUGGAUCUGAAGAGCCUACUUGUUACUGUUAUUGCCUGCUCAGAGAGCAUUGUGCCACAAAUGUGCUGGGACAUGAUGGGUCAAGGUGCCAUUUAUUUUUUAAACACCUACUAACCAGAAAGGUUGUCCUUCUCUUUCUCAACCAAACAGCAAAAGUUGUUCAUCUGACAAUCCCCAAUUUAAAUGAGCCCAUUGCUACUAUAGUAAAGCUGUGGAGCCACGCCACUGGUUUGAAUUAGCUGCAUUAAAAGGCAGAAGCUCAACUGAACAGAUGAGAGGUUUCUGAAGGAAGAUACAUCUUCCUGAUGUUAUCAUGCCAGAAAAACUUUUCAAAGAAUGGAGAGCAAAAAUAAUAAAGACUGAGAAAUUACUCAUUUAUGGACAGGGGUUGGACAUGGAUGUAUAUUGUUAAAGAAGGAAUAAUCAGAAGGGUCAAAGGCUAUAAAUUCCUCAAAACACCAAUGAAACUGAAAAAAAAAAGUAUUAAUCAUUAGGCUCAUUUGACAGGAGAAGGUGCAAUCUUCAGGGGCUGCAUAUUGCCCAAAAAUACAAAAAAUGUAUUUUCUACUUCGUGAAUAGCAAGGCAAUGGAAAAUUUUUGUAAGCUGCUGGACUUUGAUGAUUUUUCAAAGCUGUACUGAAAAGCAAUUUUUUGGCUCCCAGUUGAAAGAUUUGUUUUAAAUACAAAGAACAAUGGUUCAGGCUGCCACCAGCUUUUUUUUUUUUUUGGCUGAAGGAAAAACAGAGGUCAAAUGCACGCAGUUGCCAACAUGUUUCAUCAAGAUGUAAUUUUGAAGUAGUUGGUGGCAUAAGAGCUGCCAGAGCAUUGCUGUCCAAUUCACUUCCCAAAACUUUCUCAGAGGGGGCUGAAACAGCAGUUACUGAAUACUAAACAGCCAUUUAAAAGUGGCUCACAUGAAAGUAGAAUAUUUAGCGCAUUUUCUUCCUUUUCUUACUCUCCCCUUUUAUGUACGGGAAAUUUAGGAGUAUAGGAAUGCAAGAGUGUCAGACAGUGGGUACUCUGAGCCAGUGUAGAGAGGAAUUCAAACUGCAGCAGCAAAACACAGUGCCAGAUGAACCCACAAACCAACAAACAAUCACAGGCACGGCUCUCUUGCUUUUUUGAAGGGUAAGAAUUAAACAACAGCCAAUAAAUCUGUGCUGUGAUCAGAGACAGUACAGGAAGUGCUAAACCCCCCAGUGUCACUGUUCUGGCUUUAUUGUAGUGGAACUGGUUCUAAUUCCUGGUUUAACAGCACUACAACAGCCACAGAAUCAAGCCCACCAGCACUUAAUAAUUCAAAGCUCAACUAAACACCACCGGUGGGAAUGAGAAGGAAGCUGUCAACAGAGACUGCUCAAUGCAUGAGCCCCAGGUGACUUCACAUCUAGUCUGUCCUGCCAGCCAUCAAAGCCUGGAUUACACAGCCAGCUCAGGUAUGCGCUG